GUUAUUACUCUUUAUAUUAGUCUUAUAUACAAACAUAUUCCUCUGAUUCAAGUUUAAAUUGUUCCACAUCAUGGAUGGAUGUGGCAGAAGUAGUUUAGCACUCCUGGUGCUCAUAGUCCUGGGUGUGAGUGCUCUAGAAAAUGGCCUGGCCAGAACGCCCCCAAUGGGAUGGCUGGCCUGGCAGAGGUUCAGAUGCAACACAGACUGCCAGAAUGAUCCAAAUAACUGCAUCAGUGAGAAGUUGUUCAUGCAAAUGGCUGACAUCAUAGCCUCGGAGGGCUACCUACAGGCAGGCUACAGCAUGGUGUCCCUGGACGACUGCUGGCUGGCUCGUAGCAGAGAUGCUCAAGGCAGACUACAGCCUGAUCCCUUACGUUUCCCUUCCGGCAUUCGUGCUUUGGCUGAUUACAUGCACAAUCGCGGUCUGACAUUUGGUAUCUACGAAGACUACGGCAACUACACGUGCGCGGGCUACCCUGGCAUAUUAGGACACCUGCAGAUUGAUGCUCAGACCUUUGCUGACUGGCAAGUUGACUACGUCAAAUUGGAUGGCUGCUUCUCUCAUCCUGCAGACAUGGACAGAGGCUACCCGCUAUUUGGCCACUACUUGAACCAGACCGGCCGCCCUAUGACCUACUCCUGCUCCUGGCCCGUCUAUCAGAUCUACGCCGGCAUAGAGCCUAACUGGACUUCGAUCAUCAACUCGUGCAACUUGUGGCGUAAUUUUGACGACAUUCAAGAUUCAUGGGACUCGGUGACGCGUAUCAUCGACUACUACGGUGACAACCAGGACAGCAUCGUGCCUAACGCCGGCCCUGGCCACUGGAAUGACCCCGACAUGCUGAUCAUCGGCAACUUCGGGCUGAGCUACGAGCAGAGCAAGUCUCAGAUGGCGAUGUGGGCGAUAUUUGCGGCUCCUCUGCUCAUGUCCGUCGACCUACGCACCAUCAAGCCAGACUACAAGGCUAUCCUCCUGAACACAGCCGUGAUAGCCGUGAACCAGGACCCCUUGGGCAUCCAAGGCCGCCGCAUAUACAAGGACAAGGGCAUCGAGAUCUGGGCGCGCCCCAUCACCCCUGUAGACCAGAACUAUUACUCCUACGCCAUCGCCUUCCUCAACCGGCGCACAGACGGCACGCCCUCUGAGGUGUCAGUGAAGCCAGCAGAGCUUGGCAUGACGUAUCCCAACGGCUACACUGUCACUGAUCUUUUUUCCGGCGUCAAGUACGGCCUUGUGAAUCCUAAGAAUAUCUUCAAGGCUGAUGUGAACCCCUCAGGCGUUGUCCUACUACGAUGGGACCUCGCUGCUUCCCACGACAAUGAAAUAUGAGAGAGGAACACUUUCUCUGCCGGCCACAUAUUUGGCAGUCAUAACUGAAGUCAUUACGAUCUGGCAUUCCAACCAACAUGAACUUUGUUCGUCAUAACUCCUUCGAAAUCGACGAAACGGAACUAAUAAAAUCGGGCCACCUUAUCUUAACAGGCAACAGCCUGCUCAGCGACAGUAUUCAUAAGAUUCAUGCUCGCUGAGCUAAUUAAACUCAACCAUUGCUGAAAAGUUAACAGAAUAAAUAUACAUUUCGUGUUACCAAACAGAUGUGUUUAAAUGUGCAUUACGUGUUACUGAACAAAUCGGUUUAGAGACGGAUUGCUUGAAUCUGUCUGACUAAAUUGUGUGUCUGUCCGCAAGAUUCGUGGCUUUUGUUCAUUUCUUUCUUACGACUUGAUCUCUUCAGAUCCCCGCCCAGCCGUGACUUCUGGACGAGAAAUUCCUCUCGCAUCUGUCACUUCCGUCCAACAGUGUUUCUUAUUAUGAGUGAUAUCUACCAAGUCCGAAUAUUUUAGUAACUAUGUGCCCCACGUUCGUGAACUCUUUGUAGCCCGCCAAGAGCUUUUACCUGCCUCAAGUAUAAACUUGAGCAUUUCAACCUGUUCAAUGCUCGUAAGAAAGAUAGAAAAUUAUAUUCUUGUGUGUGAAUCUACAAAGUAUUAGAGUAGUACAGCAGAAAGUGAAAUCACAUUAGGAAUAAAGAAAAAUGUGUGUGAAACAGGAGUGACGUUCACAGUUACUAAUUUAAGUGUAUCCACUGUGUGCAACAACUUGGUCCUGUAUGUUUUUUGGCCUUCCUAGCUCAGAAGAAUUUGACAAGUUACUUCCGUUUCCUGAUUUUUAAAACUUGUUAACAGAUUUUUCAUAUUGAUAUUAGAGUGAUUAUAUUGUGAGUAAUUUUUCUAUUAGCAUCAUCUGGCAUUGGCAUGGGGCAUUGAGUCGUGCGUUUGAGUUUGUGAAUGAACUGUGUGUGCUACCCUAGUAGGUAUUAAGCGUCAUCAUUGAGAAAAGGCCACUCGACAUGUGUGGAGAGUGUUUAUUCAACUUAUGUAUAUGUUUUAAGUUUACCACGAUUAGUAGUUGAAGAAGACCAUGAGAAUCUUUGAUAAAGCGUCGUUUAUUCAUAUCGCUGGUCCCCCUGUGCAAGAAUUAUAUUAUUAUAAUUCAAUAAUUAUACGGCACACUAUAGCACCAUGCAAGAAUUUAGAAUUUAGAUGAUGCUCGGACAACACGCAGGAAUGAGGUGAACAUUCAAUCGUAGCUGGAGCUCUGUUUCAAGUCAUAAUCAGUUUAGUCAGUUUUCUGUAUUUAUUUUAUUGUUACUGUUAUCCGAGCAGCGAAACUGGCGAGAUGGCAGUACGCUCUUAUUCUGUUCAGAAGGCUUAUAGGCUUCUUCGAAAAUUUUGAUCAUAUAUUUGUUUUUAUCGUGUAUGAUGAUCCGCUCUAAUAUAUUUGAA